AUGAGUCCUCUGAGGCCGCUGCUGCUGCUGCUGCUGGGUGGCUGCCUCCUCGUGGCCGCCCGGAGAGCCAAGGGCACGGCUGGCAGCACGGCAGAGCUGGCCUCGGGUCCCACCGGCGGCUCUUCCGGCCGCUUCGUCAGCCCCGAGCGGCACGCGUGCAGCUGGCAGCUCCUGCCGCGCGCCCCAGGGCCCGCGGCGGGGAGCGAGCUGGCGCUGAGCUGCCGGGACCCGGCCGGGGCGCUCCAGCAGUGCGCCUACCGCGGGGAGCCGGAGCGCUGCGCCGCCUACGUCGCCCGCGGCCCCCACUACUGGAAGCAGGUGCUGGGCGGGCUGCGCAAGAAGAGGCGGCCGUGCCAGGACCCGGCUCCGCUCAAGGCUCGCCUGUGCGCAGGCAAGAAGGGUCACGGCGCCGAGCUGCGCCUGGUGCCCCACGGGUCCUCACCCGUGCGCCCCACUGCGGCAGUCUUCCCCCGGGAUCCCGAGCCCCCAGCAAGGAGCCGGGGGCGGCUCCGGGAGCCCGCUCCCGGUCCCGCAGGAGGGUCCCGACUUCCCGCGAGCAAGUCUCCCAGAGGGAAGCCCUCUGAGAAGACCAAAGCGGGCAAGAGGAAGGCGACAUCGGACCCAGAAGAGGAGCGACCCCUGGGGACGCGGCCUGAUCCGGACGGGUUGGGCGAGAACGCGAAGCUCACGGAGACCUACUGUGCUGAGAAGUGGCACUCCCUUUGCAACUUCUUUGUCAAUUUCUGGAAUGGCUGAGGCUGCCAGCCUGGGGAAGAACGUGGGUGGGGGAAGGUACGCAGCCGGGCAGGAGACUUGAAGGGCAAUUUAGGCCAAGAGAUAAGGGAUGGAGCGUUGGGAAGAGUCCAGGUUCUAGAAUGGGGCUGAG